CAGCUACGAUGAGAAGGUUCGGAUCCUGAAUCAUAUCACCUGGAAGAAAAUCACAGAAUUCGAGCAUCCGGCCACCAUCAUGAACACCAAAGCUGUGGUGUUUAAGGAAGUGGAGAAAAGACCUUUUGUGGGCAGUGAAGAUCUCUCUGUUCAUCAGCUGACUGUGGACAACUCGCUGUUUAGCACACAGAGCAAGUAUGAGAUCACACAGCUGCCAGCCCAGGUACCAGUAAUCAAGCCCGAUCCGGACCGAGCCAACCCCAAAAUCGGCAUUUCUGCUCUGGCUUUCAGUGCCGAUAAUCGCUUUCUUGCUACAAAGAAUGAUAACAUGCCUCAGAGCCUGUGGGUGUGGGACAUGCAGAGACUCGGUCUUCUAGCCGUCCUGGAGCAGACGGCUCCUGUGCGCUGCUUCGUCUGGGACCCUCGCAGACCUCGCCUGGCUCUCUGCACCGGAAACACCAAAGUUUAUCUGUGGUCACCAGCUGGCUGCGUGUCUGUGAAUGUACCGGUUGAAGGCGGUUUUCAGGUGCAGUCUCUGUUUUGGCACUGCAGUGGCAGCUCGCUCGUCCUGCUCUCAAAAGAGCACAUCUGCCUGUGUUACGUGGAAGCAGAGGACGAGAAAUAAACUGAAGAUCUCCAUCCUGCAGCCCUACACGAUACGAAGUGCUCCUGCAUGAGCAUGGGACUCACGGGAGAAAUCACUGUUCCUGCAAAUAUACCUCAGCACUUUUUCAUCAAACUUAUGAUUUCCCAGCAGUCUCUGAGGGAAUAAAAUGUGGUUUAAUGUUUAAGCAGAGCACUAGCUAGCACAGAUAUUUAGCGUACGCGAUAUUCUCCAGCACCAGCCUAGUGCAAAUGCUUCUUAUGGCCUUACCAUCUAAAUUGCUGUCACAUUUGUCACAUAUUUAUUUUCUAUCUGUACGUUUUUUUUGUUAGUUUUUAAGAUGAAUGUAAAGGGUUGUGAACGUCUGUUAUAUUUGAUUGUUUUUCCUUAAUGUUUAAGG